GCCCGCGCCUCUCUGCACUCAGCUCCCGCUGCAGCAUGUUGCGCGUUGCAGCCCUCGCCGCCGCCGGCCUCGGGCCCCGCCUGGGCCGCCGCCUCCUGUCCGCCGCCGCCUCCUCGGCGGUGCCGGCCCCCAACCAGCAGCCCGAGGUCUUCUACAACCAGAUCUUCAUAGACAACGAAUGGCAUGAUGCCAUCAGCAAGAAAACGUUCCCCACUGUCAACCCAUCCACUGGGGAGGUCAUCUGUCAGGUGGCUGAAGGGGACAAGGAAGACGUGGACAGGGCUGUGAAGGCUGCUCGGGCCGCGUUCCGGCUGGGUUCGCCCUGGCGCCGGAUGGACGCUUCUGAAAGGGGCCGGCUACUGUACCGUCUGGCUGAUUUGAUUGAGCGGGACCGCAGCUACCUGGCGGCCUUGGAGACCCUGGACAACGGCAAACCCUACAUCACCUCCUACCUGGUGGAUUUGGACAUGGUCCUCAAAUGUCUCCGGUAUCAUGCAGGCUGGGCUGAUAAAAACCAUGGGAAAACCAUUCCCACUGAUGGGGACUUCUUCACCUACACCCGCCAUGAACCUGUGGGGGUGUGUGGGCAGAUCAUUCCGUGGAAUUUCCCACUCCUGAUGCAAGCGUGGAAGCUGGGCCCAGCCUUGGCGACUGGAAACGUGGUGGUGAUGAAAGUGGCCGAGCAGACUCCGCUCACCGCCCUCUACGUGGCCAACUUGAUUAAGGAGGCUGGCUUCCCCCCUGGCGUGGUCAAUAUUAUUCCUGGAUUUGGCCCAACAGCCGGUGCCGCCAUUGCUUCCCACGCAGAUGUGGACAAAGUGGGGUUCACGGGCUCCACCGAGGUUGGCCGCCUCAUCCAGGUGGCAGCGGGGAACAGCAACCUCAAAAGGGUGACCCUGGAGCUGGGGGGAAAGAGUCCCAACAUCAUCAUGUCAGACGCUGACAUGGACUGGGCAGUGGAGCAGGCCCACUUCGCCCUGUUCUUCAACCAGGGCCAGUGCUGCGCCGCGGGCUCCCGGACCUAUGUGCAGCAGGACAUCUACUCCGAGUUUGUGGAGCGGAGCGUCGCCCGGGCCAAGUCCCGGGUCGUGGGGAACCCCUUUGACAGCCGGACCGAGCAGGGGCCGCAGGUGGAUGAAACUCAGUUUAACAAGAUCCUUGGCUACAUCAAAUCUGGGAAGCAGGAGGGGGCGAGUCUGCUGUGUGGUGGGGGGGCCGCUGCUGACCGGGGCUACUUCAUCCAGCCCACUGUGUUUGGGGACGUGCAAGACGGCAUGACCAUUGCAAAGGAGGAGAUCUUUGGGCCAGUGAUGCAGAUCCUGAAGUUCAGGACCAUAGAGGAAGUCAUCGAGAGAGCCAACAAUUCCAAGUACGGACUGGCUGCAGCUGUCUUCACAAAGGACUUGGACAAGGCCAAUUACGUGUCCCAGGCCCUCCAGGCUGGCACUGUGUGGGUCAACUGCUAUAAUGUGUUUGGGGCCCAGUCACCGUUCGGCGGCUACAAGAUGUCGGGGACCGGGCGGGAGCUUGGCGACUACGGCCUGCGGGAAUACACCGAGGUGAAAACGGUCACAAUCAAAGUUCCUCAGAAGAACUCAUAAAGAACCACACCGACUUCCUGAGUCACCCAGUGAUAGAAAGUUUAGAUGAUCAGCAGCAAAACCAAGAAAACUGUCCUUUGCACAUUGAAAGUCUCCAAAGAGAAAUUCUUCCCACAAAAUCUCUUGGGUCAAGAAAGUCCCAGAAUUUGAUUUGCUAAACAGCGUAGGGAGGUGGGGUGAAGAAUAUACAAGAAGUCUUUUAAACCGCAACAAUACUCUUAGCUUUCAGGGUGAUUUUUAAAGACAGAUUCAAAUGUCUCUUCCUGUCAAUCUGACACUUCCAUAACUUGCCUUUACAGAGAAAAAAGCCAUUGUUUAAAAUUGUAUUAAUAUUGGAGACAACAGCUAGCACCUUGCUUUGUAUUGUUGGCUGAACAAUCAUUAAAAACAGUGCUGCUCUUAA